AUGGAUACAGCCAUUAAUCUGUCUGAUGCCUCCAAGGCAUUGGAUCUUGCCAAUAUUCGCUUCCAGCUCAUCCGUCUGGAAGAUACAAUCACCUUCCACUUGAUUGAACGAGUCCAAUUCCCCCUCAACCAAACCAUCUACGUCCCUGGUGGCGUCAAGAUCCCCAAUAGCGAUCUCAGUCUAUCUGACUACCUCCUCUCUGAGCAAGAACGACUCCAAUCGCGCGUACGCCGCUACGAAUCCCCCGACGAAUACCCCUUCUUUCCCGAAGUCCUCGAGAAGCCCGUGCUUGCACCCCUCCAGUACCCGCGCAUCCUGCACGAGAACGAUGUGAACGUCAACGACACUAUCAAGACGCGGUACAUCAAUGAGAUCUUGCCGGCCAUAUGCCCAAAUCUCGGUCGUGAAGACCGUGGCGAAGCACAGGAGAACUACGGAUCAGCUGCAACCUGCGAUGUUUCUUGCUUGCAAGCGCUGUCGCGACGAAUUCACUUUGGAAAGUUUGUCGCCGAGUCGAAGUUCCAGAAGGAUCCUGAAACUUUUGUGCGCUUGAUUAAGGCGGAGGAUCGCGAGGGUAUCGAUGCUGCUAUCACUGAUGCUAAGGUUGAGCAGAAGGUUCUUGAGCGGUUGGGGCUCAAGGCGAAGACUUAUGGCACGGAUCCUGCUUUCCCCGAGGAGAAGGGUCAGAAGAUCAAUAUCGAUGCGGUGGUUGCUAUGUACAAAGAGUGUGUCAUCCCGCUCACCAAGGUCGUCGAGGUGGAGUAUCUCAUGCAGCGCCUUAAGGGAACCCAAUGGGAGUAG